AUGGCUAUAACAAGCUUUCCAACAGUUGAAAAUUGUCCAGCGGUUUCUCGUGAGAAAGAUACGGUUGUUGCAGACUUAGAUGGAGCCUUGCUCAGAGGCCGUAGUUCUUUUCCUUACUACGCCUUGGUUGCUUUCGAGGUUGGAGGAAUUUUUAGGCUUCUGUUUUUGCUCCUUUGUUCACCACUUGCUGGAAUUUUGUACUGUUUUGCAUCCGAAUCUGCUGCAAUUCAAGUUAUGAUAUUCGCAACAUUUGCUGGUAUCAGAGUAUGUGACAUAGAGUCUGUGGCCCGUGCUGUGCUGCCUAAAUUCUACUCAACUGAUCUUCAUUCAGAAUCAUGGCGUGUGUUUUCAGCGUGUGGAAAGCGUUGUGUUCUGACAGGCAAUCCAAGAAUAAUGGUCGAAGCAUUCUUGAAAGAUUUUUUGGGAACUAAAUUAGUGUUGGGGACUGAGAUUGGAACUUAUAAGGGCAGAGCGACAGGGUUUGUUCUAAAGCCUGGAGUGCUUGUGGGAGAACAUAAGGCUGGUGCACUCAAAAAAGCGUUUGGAGGAACUCAACCACAAAUAGGACUUGCAAAGCAUACUGAUUUCCCUUUCUUAGCAUUGUGCAAGGAGGGAUACAUUGUGCCACCAAAGCCAAAAGUUGAGGCAGUGCCUAGCGACAUGCUACCAAAACCUAUCAUUUUCCAUGAUGGUCGUCUAGUCCAAAAGCCCACCCCUCUCAUGGCAUUACUCACAAUACUCUGGUUUCCCACAGGUAUCAUACUAGCCAUUAUUCGAGUCUGUGUGGGCUCACUACUCCCAAUGUCAAUAGUCUACUACGCUUUCUUGGCACUUGGCAUCCGCAUCACUGUAAAAGGCACCCCACCUCCUGUCAGCAAAUCAUCUGGCCAGUCAGGAGUCCUCUUCAUUUGCUCCCACAGAACUCUACUCGACCCUGUUUUCCUCUCCAUCGUGCUCCGCCGCCAGAUCCCAGCUGUUACAUACUCCCUCUCCAGAGUCUCAGAGAUCAUAUCUCCAAUCAAGACUGUUAGACUAACCCGUGAUCGUGACACAGAUGCACCAAUGAUCAAAAAAAUGUUAGCAGAAGGUGAUUUAGCAAUUUGUCCAGAAGGGACUACCUGUCGAGAGCCUUUUUUGCUACGAUUUUCUGCCAUGUUUGCAGAACUUACAGACGAACUCGUGCCAGUCGCAAUGGUGAACAAGAUGAGCAUGUUUCAUGGCACAACAGCACGGGGGUGGAAAGGAUUGGACACAUUUUACUUUAUGAUGAAUCCUAGACCGACCUAUGAAGUGACAUUCUUGGAUAAGUUGCCUAAGGAAUUGACAUGCAGCUCUGGAAAGACUAGUCAUGAAGUGGCUAAUUAUAUACAAAGGGUGAUUGCAGCUACUCUUUCAUACAAGUGCACAACUUUUACUAGGAAGGAUAAGUACAGAGCACUGGCUGGAAAUGAUGGCAUUGUCGCAGACAAAAAAUCCGGCUAA